AUGAUUUCUCAAUAUGUCAGAAAUUUCUUUCGGCCUGCCUGGUCCUCUGCUGAAAGGCUAAAUGACAAAACUGUGGUCAUCACUGGAGCCAACACUGGGAUUGGCAAAGAGACAGCCAUUGACUUGGCCAAGAGAGGGGCAAAGGUCAUCAUGGCGUGCAGGGACAUGGAGAAAGCACAGGCUGCUUUGAAAGAAGUCAUUGAAAACUCAGGCAACGAAAAUGUUGUUUGCAUGAAACUGGACUUGGCAGAUAGCAAGUCGAUUAAAGAAUUUGCUGAAGCCAUCAACAAAGGAGAGUCAAGGCUCAACAUCCUUAUCAACAAUGCUGGUGUGAUGGUUUGUCCUUUUGGGAAAACAGCAGAUGGCUUUGAGAUGCAGAUUGGUGUCAAUCACUUUGGUCACUUCCUGUUGACAUAUUUGUUGCUUGACCUGAUAAAGAAAUCGGCACCAGCCAGGAUUGUCACGGUGUCCUCCAUGGCUCACUCCUGGGGCUCCAUCAAUCUGGAGGACAUCAACAGCGAGAAGAGUUACGACAAGAGGGCAGCCUACGCUCAGAGCAAGCUAGCCAAUAUUCUCUUCACUCGCUCCCUCGCUAAGAAACUAGAAGGCACAGGUGUGAUGACAUAUUCUCUCCAUCCUGGAGUCGUCCAGACAGACUUAUGGCGUCAUCUGAGCGGCCCUCAACAGAUUGUCAUGAAGAUGGUCAGCCCUUUCACCAAAAACUCUUCCCAGGGCGCUCAGACGAGCAUUUACUGCGCAGUGGAGCCGUCCCUGGCGACAGAGAGUGGUGGAUACUACAGCGACUGUGCUCCUGCCAACUGCUCAGCUGCCGGUAAGGACGACGACGUUGCACAGAAGUUGUGGGAUUUGAGCUGUCGGAUGCUGUCGAUAGAGUGGGAUUGAGGCAACCUGAAUUUACAAUGAAAGUCUUACAGGGUUUCUUUGCAAUAUGUGUCACAAAUACAGCCAACCAAGAUAAUAAUGCUACAUAACAUUAUCUUUAACAUGAGUUUUCCUACAGUUACAUUUUUUCUUCUACUUCUUGUUUGUUUUUGAUACCAAAAGAGUAUUUGUAUUUUGGACAUGACUACUUCUAAUUAAGAAAAUACUAACUAUAUAAAAUAAAGUAUGUUGUUUGUGUGAAGAUUCUUAUUUAAAGAAAUUACCACAAACUUCAAUAGUUUUCUAUUCAUUUUUAUAUCAGCAUAGUAGUGGAUAUUUGAAUAAAAUUGUGGAAUAAAAAGAAAAACUUGAGUCAGUCCAAAGACUACACUUCCAUGUUGCGAAUCUUUUUCUGUACCUGUAUUUCCUGGCAUUAAACCCAGUGUUGCACUCCA